AGAACAGGAGCCUGGUGGGGCUAUGGAGCAGGGUCCUCAAGGACACCUGCAUGGAGGCCUCCUUAAGGUGAUAUCUCCCCACUAAGGGGCUCACACCCUCUGUUCCUCCUGCUCCAGGUGCCCACCUCCCGCACUCUCUUGCCUGCUGCCCCUAAGCACAGUCAUCAUGCCUCGCGGUCAGGCGAGUAAGCGCCGUGCCCGUGAGAAACGCCGCCAGGCUCGAGGUGAAGACCGAUGUCUCAUGGGUGCUCAAGCCACCGCAGCAGAGAAGGAAAAGCUGCCAUCCUCCUCUCCUGCAUGCCAGAGUCCUCCCCAGAGCUUCCCCAAUGCAGGCAUUCCUCAGGAGUCCCAGAGAGCCAGCUACCCCAGCUCUCCUGCUUCAGCUGUUUCACUCACAAGUUCUGAUGAAGGUGCCAAGGGCCAAAAGGGGGAAAGUCCCAACUCCUUCCAUGGCCCGUCCUCCUCUGAGAGCACAGGAAGAGAUCUUCUGAACACGAAGACGGGCGAAUUGGUGCAGUUCCUGCUCAACAAGUAUAUAAGGAAAGAGCCCAUUACGAGGGAAGCCAUGCUGAAGGUUAUCAACAGAAAGUACAAGCAGCACUUCCCUGAGAUACUCCGGAGAAGCACUGAGAACGUAGAGGUGGUAUUUGGCCUCUACCUCAAGGAAAUGGACCCCAGCCGUCAGUCCUAUGUGCUUGUUAGCAAGCUGGACUUUCCCAAUCAAGAAAGCUUGAGCGAUGGCAGGGGCUUUCCCCUGAGUGAGCUCCUGAUGGUUCUCCUGAGCACCAUCUUCAUGCAUGGCAACCAUGCCACUGAGGAAGAGAUGUGGGAAUGCCUGAAUGCGUUGGGGAUGUAUAAGGGUAGGAAGCACUUCAUCUAUGGGGAGCCCCAGGAGCUUGUCACCAAAGAUUUGGUGCGAGAGGGGUACCUGGAGUACCGGCAGGUACCCAGCAGCGAUCCUCCACGCUACGAGUUCCUGUGGGGUCCCAGGGCCCGUGCUGAAACCAGCAAAAUGAAAGUCCUGGAGUUUGUGGCCAAGCUCAAUGAUACCGUUGCCAGUACCUUCAAGUCCCAGUAUAAGGAGGCUCUGAGAGAGCAGGAAGAGCAAGCCAGAGCCAGAGCGGCAGCCAGGGCUAGCGCCAGGGCCAGGGCUAGCAGGUCCUUUCAGCCCUACUGAAGUCUCAGGCAAUCCUCACUAAGAGAUUGAAAAGCCUGUCCACCAUCUCAGUAUUUGGGGGUGAGGUGGGGCUACAGAGAGCCCAAGACGUGUCUUUCUUUUGUUCUGGUUAUUUGCAAGCCACUUAUAGAUUCCUCUUUCUCUUGUGUUCCUUUGAAAGAGAUUGACUUUGAUUCAGAAUCUAAGUUCAUGAAUUAGGUGCCUCACACAAUUAUUGCUGUUUAUCACAUUGAAGAGUGAUGUUCUUGUAUUUUGUAAAACAAAUUGGAAAUUUUUACUUAUUAGAUUGUGAUCUAGUGCAAGAAGAAAUAGCAUUGGAAUAGCGAUUGGCUUUAAACUGUGAAACAACUGAACACUGCAUCAGUUGGGAUCACAAGAUGGUGGGAAAAAAGUGUCGAUUGAUUGGCAACCUUUGACGUUUAAAAAUCUUAUUUCUUUAAGUCUUUUGUUGUGAUAAAAUGAAAAGCUAUAUACUCACAGUUGCUAUGUGUAUUCAAGAAUGUUGGAGAAAUUAAAUCAUCAUAAAGGAGAACACUUGCUCACUGGCUCUUUUGUUCCUUGUGCUAGGCAGUUCUUGUGUUGCUCUAAAGGCAUACCUGAGACUGGGUAAUUGCUAAAGAAAAGAGGUUGACUUGCUCACAGUUCACCAGGCUGUAUGAGCGUGGCACCAGCAACUGCUUCUGGGGAGGUCUUGGGGAGCUUUUCCUCAUGCCAGGAGGGGAAGGUGGUGCAGGCAUGUCACGUGGCAACAGUGGGAGGAAAGACAGCCAAGCAGAGCGGGGGUGGGAGGUGCCACAUGCUUUCAAAUGACCAAAUCUUGGAGAAGUCGCUCACUAUGGCCAGGGCAGCACCAUGCCAUGAGGCA